AUGUUGGACCCGUCGGCGAGCCGGCGGCAGCAGCUGAUGGACUCGUCCGCCGUCUACUCCCACUCCCGCACACGCACGACAUCCUCCAACACGUUCCCCAUGAACGCCCAGGGUCCGACGCCGAUGCACCUCUCCCACCACGCCCACGCAAAUCCCCAUCAGCACACCCGCCGCUCCCCCUCGGUCAACACCUUCAGCACAACUUCAAGCGCGCCGCCGCCUCCGGCCGCAUAUCGCACCUCGUCCACCACCGAUCUGCGCCGUUCGACCUCGUCUCGCUCCGGCGGAAGCAGCCCACAACCCACAGGUUACGUCGCCCUUCUCCGUAAGCAAAAAGCCACCGUCUGGUGCGACCGCGCUCAGUAUGAGGACCCCCGCCUGCUCGCCCAGCAGCGCGCCGCCAAGAUGCGCGCUACUCUCGAGGUCAUCGGUGGCCAGCGCAACUCAGGCGGCCUCUCGACCCCCUCCGGCCGAACGACCACCGGCAUUAGCGCCACCGGCAAGGUCGCCGCCAAGAUCCGCCACCAUGGCAAGCCUGGCGUCGUCGGCUACGCCCCUGGCGAGAAUCACAUCGGUGUCGGCGGCGUGCCCAUGCGCCUGAGUGCCACCGAGGUCGAGGCUGAGAGCAGCGAUGACGACGACCCGCGUCUGCACCAUCGCCGCACGGGGAGCAGUGGCCGCAGCAGCACCACGAGCCGCCGUGGCCCCGGUUACCGGUCCUCCAGCGGUGCCCUGGGCAGCCAGAGCGGCCGCCGGUGGAGCCCCAGCGACACACCCGAGCGGAGCGGCAGCCUCGUCGAGGAGGUGGCACUCGAGGACGCGACCCUCGGCGAUGCCGCGAGCGGCAAGGCCAUGACGAUGGGCUCCGCCAGCAGCAGCAGCGGCGAGCGCGCCGACAACCUGGGCGAGCUCGGCGGCAUGGGCGGCAACGCGGCGCGCCUGGCGAGCAACUCGCUCAUGCAUUCGACCGUCACGCGCGAGAAGAGCGUCAAGGGCGUCGACGAUCUCCGUAGGAGGGGCAGCGUCGACGAGCGCACCACGACGCUCACCGGCGGCCGUCUGUACAUCGCCAACCCCGAUUAA